GCUUUGCACAUACGAGAAGCUACAACACACAUCACACCAACCAUGUCGCACUCCACGGGAACCAAGGCAAGUCAUACACACCUCUGCCCCCUCCUGAUCACAAAUCCAAAGCACAAAUCCAAAGCUAACACUUCCCAGGUCACCGACCCCAACGCCACUAUCAAUGAAUCCACAGGCCUCGUAACCUCCGACUCCCUCGCCGCCGAGUCUCUGAACUCCUCCGGCUCCUUCGCCGCCAACAACCCACACGCGGCAGCCUCAAAGCAGCCCUCUGCCUCCACCACGUCCAACACAACUGACACCUCCGGCGCCACACGCCUCCCGCCUGCCCCCGACGCCGAAGCCCGCGAUGCCCAGGCCGGCUGGGCAGAGACCUCCCAGCUCAACGCAGCGCAGGGCCUCGGCGGCAAGUCGAGCCUGAGCGGCAGCGCGGAGUCGUUCAGUCCAGCUAGGGGCGGAUAUGCGGGUGCGGGAGACCAGGCGCGGGGCGCGGGCGAGUUUACGCCGCAUGGCACCAACAUCACCGAGGACCCGGGGAUGACUGGGCAGACGAAGUUUGGCGCCGUGGGCACGAAGCUAG